GUUCUUGUGCUCAUUCUUUGAGUUGAAUUCGCCCGAUAACGACAUAAUUGACAACGGUUCGGUUUAUUAAUACUGUUCCCAACAAAGAAAAAAUAAUAUAACUACAAUUCCAUUUGUUUUCAAUCUAUCUUUUAUUUUUGGAAUUGGAAAAACUGAAAAUUCUCAAACGGAAAAGUUAAAAUAAAAAGAGCAUUCUUUAUAAUUAGAUUAAAUUAAGAAUUGUUUUACUUAGAAUUUUUAUAAGCAAAAUUUUAAGCAAGAGUGAAUGAACAAAUUAGCCAGCAAAGGAAAAUUAAGGCAUCGUAAAACCGAAAAAUCGAUUAAAGGGGGACAAAUAGGAGGAGUGCAAUCGCAUAUGUAUUAGCCAAAAAUUGUUAGAAAAAACUCAGAAUUGUGUUUCGUGCAUCAAUAAUAUUAAAAAAGUAAUUUUUGUUAAAAAAGUAAAGUAGAAAUACAUACCGAAAACCACAUAUUAAAAAAUGGCUGACGUUGAAUCAAGUGCUGUUGUGCAGCAACCACCUUCAAACGCUAAUAGCAUGAAUCUAAAUUCUAUUCCUCUAUUGGCAUCCGCCGAGCUACUCAGCGAAAGCAGUAGUGCUCAAGUAAGUCUCCAACAACAGCAAUCACAGCCGAUUGCUGGUGCUCUUGGUGGAGGUAAUGGUGGUACCGCUGGCACUUCCUCAAAUUCGGUCAGCAAUGCUAGUUCCAUGGCAAUGGAUGUUGCAACUAGUGAAAAUACAAGUCUGGUCAAUAGUGGUGUGAUCGGGAGUGGAGUGGUGGGUGGUGGCAAUUCUUCGAGUGUUGGUGGGGGUAAAAUGGACACUGGUGAGCCACCAGCCAAGAAACAAAUGCUCGAUCAUCCGAGCACUUCUUCGGGUAGUGGGAAUAGUGCUUCGCAACAUGAAAAACUCGAGUACCGUCUGGGAGGGAUUUUAUGUUGUGCUGUUUGCUUGGAUUUGCCGAAGACAGCAAUGUAUCAGUGUCAAAUGGGACAUUUAAUGUGUGCAGCUUGUUUUACACAUUUACUCGCAGAUGGACGCUUGCGUGAUCAAAUUGCCACUUGUCCAAAUUGUCGUGUGGAGAUUUCGAAGAGCACAGCAUCGCGUAAUUUGGCCGUGGAGAAAGCCGCCUCUGAGUUGCCCAGCGAAUGUCAAUUUUGCAACAAAGAGUUCCCGUACAAGUCGCUUGAUCGCCACGAACAAUAUGAAUGCCAAGAACGACCAACGAAUUGCAAAUAUUCACGAAUUGGUUGCCAAUGGCGCGGACCGAAUCAUGAAACUAACGAACAUGAGCGCAACUGCUUGCAUCCCACCAAAUCUGGUUAUGAAGUAAUGGCUGCACUGGAAGCACAUGACGCCAGAAUUAAAGAGGAAAAGAAAAUGUUUAAUACAUUAAUCGAUUUGUUGAGUUAUGAAAAAAUUAUAUUUAACGAUUUGCAAAUGAAACCGUAUCGUACCGAUGAAUAUGUACACAAAUUGUUUUAUGAGACAGCUAGAUUUACGGCAUUCAACCAGCAGUGGGUGGUGAAGGCUCGCAUUAAUAAUAGCCAACGUGAUCCACAUCAAUCCAAUGAGCGUACGAUAACUUAUCAGCUUAUAUUGAAAACAAAAACCAGCACACCAAUGAGUAUUCACUUCUUUGCUUUAAAAGGACCGUUUUCUGAUAUGAAAGUGUCCACUCAAAUUUACAAACAUGAAUUCACGGACCAAAGCAGCGAAAGUGAUUACUAUAUACUGCCACUGCCGGAUAGCUCCGAAUGCAAUAGGCUCUUAUCAAACAAAGGAAUCAAUUUCCGCCUUCUGAUGUUUUUACUUAAUAAAUAAAUGUUUUAUUGGUCUAUUUAUAAUUGCAAGAGAAUGAUAUAUAGAUAUAUAUAUUUUUCAAUUAAAACUUCAAUAAUUAUUCAUAGUUUAAGUUAUGAUUUACAUAUACUUACAUACAUAAGUCGUUUGUAAUGCUUAAUAAUUUCUUUAAGUACUCAUCGGUGCAUAGGGGUUAAUAUGAAUUGGCGAAGCACGUUUCCAUUUGUGUUAAACUUUCGAUCUAUUGGUUUUAUACUGCAUACAUAUAUAUUCAUAUAUAUAAGUAUGUACGUAUUCACGCAUGUAUAACACACUUAUCUAAAAGUUAGUUUCUUUAAAAACCUAUACAUUAAAAUUAUAAAUACGUUUUAAGUAAAAAGUGAAGUUGAUAUUUACACAUACAUACAAAACAAUUGGACAACAUUUAAACACUCGUUUAAAAGAAUGUUAAUAUGAUAACGAACAUGGCUAAAAAAACUUCAUAACAAAUUGGCAGCUUACACGGGAUUUAUUUGGCGUGAACUCAAAGAUCAAAUGAGAAGUACAAUGUCUCAACGGAUAUCCCGUUCAAUAUGCCUUUACAAGCCAUCUUAUAUGACAAUUAAAUUGUAUUUCACUAUAAAAAUGUAUUACAAUAUUUUUAAAGUGUAAUAUUAAAUUUAAAUUUAAAAUUUUUCCAAACACUA